CAGGCACUCUGACACUGAUAUUAUUAGUAACCUCAAACUCUGUUUUCGACAUAUAAUAUUUUCAUAAAUAAACAAGACGAUUAUAAUUAACAAAUUUAUAUUUAAAUAAGUCUUUAUCGAUUUAUUACCAAGUGGAAAUAUAUAAAUCAAGUGCCAAACACAAUGGCGGUGUACGCAGCGCAUUUAACGCGCACUUUGCAAGGUACUCCUUCAAUAUUUCAAGUAACUGCCCAAGAGGCCCUGGGAACUACAGUCAAACCAGCUUUAAGGAAGCUAAUAGAGUAUUUAGCUGAAGUAUACCCGGACAAGUGUGGGUGGUGUGUGCCGUGGUAUGAUGAGUUGUACCUGCUGUUUGAUUGCUGUUUGCAGUACCACUACCUCAAACACUAUGCUGCAUCAUUCUCUGAGAGUUUCUACGGCCUUCUCAGAGUGCCAACAACAGUCAGCAGUGAAUUCAACCCUGGUAACCCGAGGUUACCAGAAAUGCUGGAGUAUGGCUCUGUGGCCUUGUUGGUACUAGUGCCAUAUAUUAAAGAUAAAAUGGAGAAGAUUGUAGACAGAUGGAGAGAGGAUGAUGAAGAUGGGAGAUUGGGGAAGAGUAAACCAGACCGCGCCCGCAAGGCAGCUAUCAAAAUAUACGCGAUAGUCCACUUGGUCGCGAAGUCGGCGCGGCUGGUGCAGGCCGCCAGGUACAUGACGGGCGCCACCCGGAGCCACUGCCCCGAGCUGGCGCUGCUCGGCGUGUCGCUGCGGGACGCGCCGCUCUUACACAGGGACACCUACACCUGGACGGGGUUCUUCAAGAACCUGCUCACGGGACAAUUUAGGGGCGCGGCGGUGUCGUUCCCGAUGGUAGGCGGCGCGGUGCUGCGCGGCGUGCAGUACGGCGCCUUCGUGGUGCAGCUGCUGCGCUGGUGGGACGCGCGCGCCGCCUCGCACGCCGCGCUGCAGCCGCCGCCCGCGCCGCAGCCCGAUGAACGCGCCGUAAGAUGGAAGAACAAGUGUCCAAUAUGCCUUCAGAGCUGGAAGAUUCCCACCGUGCUACCAGUCUCAGGCUACAUCUUCUGCUACGUGUGCAUCUCGCGGCACGUGCGCGCGCGGGCCGCGUGCCCCGUGACACGCUGCCCGGCCGCCGAGUCCUCGCUCGUGCGCCUCUACGUCGACUGAUCCCGCGCGGACUCGCUGCUCACUUCAUCCAUGGAUGACACAGUAUAAGGGGAAACGCUGCAGUGGAAAUGGAACAUACACAAUUUGUUAACUGGAUAUUCGCGACGUCUUACAUAACUCAUACUCUGCUUACCAGUUUUACAUGACACAUCACUCAUAAUUCACUUGCCAUCCAUACAUGGUACCACUCGGAAUUCACUUGCCACUCGUACAUGACACAUCACUCAUAAUUCACUUGCCACGCGUACAUGACACAUCACUCAUAAUUCACUUGCCACGCGUACAUGACACAUCACUCAUAAUUCACUUGCCACUAGUACAUGACACAUCGCUCAUAAUUCACUAGACACUCGUACAUGACACAUCACUCAUAAUUCACUUGGCCCUCGUACAUGACACAUCACUCAUAAUUCACUUGGCACUCGUACAUGACACAUCACUCAUAAUUCACUAGACACUCGUACAUGACACAUCACUUAUAAUUCACUUGGCCCUCGUACAUGUCACAUCACUCAUAAUUCAUUUGGCACUCGUACAUGACACAUCACUCAUAAUUCACUAGACACUCGUACAUGACACAUCACUCAUAAUUCACUUACAGUCUAUAUAAAACACAACACAGAAUCCGUUACCUUAUGAUGGCUCAGAUCGUAUUCCACCAACAAAUGUACGAAGUUGUCUUGUUAUGUAAAAUCUUUAAUGCACAUAAUUUACAUUUAAUUCAUUCUUAAGUCAAACAAAGCCACGUACAUGACACAUCACUCAUAAUUCACUAGACACUCGUACAUGACACAUCACUCAUAAUUCACUUACAGUCUAUAUAAAACACAACACAGAAUCCGUUACCUUAUGAUGGCUCAGAUCGUAUUCCACCAACAA